AUGCCACCCCUGGUAGGCUUUUCCGACAACCCUUUCCGCACCCAUGAAGACUUCAAGCUUGGUGCUAUCGCGUUACUGCGCGCCAUCAAACCUUAUCAAUCGCCAGGUGGUGCACGCGUGAAGCUACCGUUGGCAACUGGAACCCAUUUUGACGAUGUCGCAGCACAGCUCGAGGGUUUUGCUCGGGCACUAUGGGCUGUAGGGACCCUUCUGCAUUCCAGGAUCACCACGGAGGUUGAAUACAAUGAGCUUGUCCGUCCCUACAUUGAAGGGCUGGCGAACGGUACAGAUCCAGAGCACGCCGAGUAUUGGGGUCCGGUGGUCCUCAGAGAUCAGCGGAUGGUGGAGAUGGAGAUCAUCUCGUACGCAUUGCUGGCAGCGCCAGAUGCCAUGUUUCAUUCUCAAAGUGACACGGCCAAACGAAACAUCACAGAGUGGCUAAAGACGAUAAAUGGCAAAGACUUCCCUAUCACAAAUUGGCUGUGGUUCCGGGUCAUGACAAAUCUCGCGCUUGUCAAGGUCUGCGGCAUCCUUUAUGAGCAAGUUGGCGAUGCUAUGAAAGAAGAUCUGGAUCUCAUGGAACGCUUUUAUCUGGGGCAAGGGUGGGCAGCAGAUGGUAUGUGGAAUGAAGAAGGAAAACAGGCCGAUUAUUACUCUGGCAGCUUCGCGAUACAGUUCUCGCAACUCAUGUACGCAAAGAUGGCGCAAGACCUCGAUCCUGAAAGGUGCACACGAUUUCGAGAACGUGCGAAAGAGUUUGCAACGACGUUUUGGAGGUACUUCGAUUCCAAUGGUGCUGCUAUUCCAUUUGGUCGAAGUUUGACUUACAGAUUCGCUUUUGCUGGGUUCUGGUCUGCUGCAGCCUUUGCAGAGGUCGAACUCCCUUCGCCAUUGAACGACUUGGGAGUGGUCAAGGGCUUACUCCUUCGUCAUUUUAGGUGGUGGAGCAAUAAGCACGACAUCUUCAACGUCGACGGUUGCUUGAAUAUUGGUUUCGCAUACCAGAACUACUACAUGUGUGAGGACUACAACUCUCCGCAGUCCGUCUACUGGGCUUUAAAGUCUUUUCUCGCUUUAGGUCUGCCAAGUAAUCAGCCUUUCUGGACAGCAGAGGAGAAGCCUCUGCCUGGCGGAAACGCUCUGGCAUCCCCUAUUGACGCACCAAUGCACAUAGUGUGCAACACCGGGAAUCAUCAUUUCCUGCUGUCAUCAGGGCAGUUCUGUCCCUGGCCUCUCAAAGCUACGGAAGCCAAGUAUGGCAAGUUCGCAUACUCCUCGCAUUUCGGCUUCAGCGUUCCCACUGGUCCGCUCCUUCAGCAGAUGGCUCCAGACAACACGAUUGCCAUAAGCAAAGAUGGAGGUGACACCUGGCGCGUACCGUGGAAGGUCAAGCAUAACGAGCAGCGCGCUGUAGCACUCUUCAAAGGAAGGGACGAGACUGUAGAGAGCCUCCAGGUGCUCAGCAGUCACUGGAAACCGUGGAGGGACUUGGAGGUCGAAGUUCGCACGAUCCUAGUUGCUCCUUGUUCUAGGUGGCCGGACUGGUAUGUACGUUUCACCAGUAUUGGAAACCCAGGUCUGAGCCCCGUGACCCUCAAUUUAUCUCAAGGAGGAUUCGCAAUUCAGGGGCGAGGUUCUAAGAAGGGCGAGAUUCUGCCUACGUUCGCAGAGAGCGCCACUAUCAAAGCCACCGAAAGUUCGUCGUUUGCAGAGGGUAUUCUGGAGACAGUUGACGGUGCGUUGAUCUGUUCAGAUGCUGGAGCAAGUGGGGUCAGAUCUGUCAUCUUGCGAUCCCUCACAGGAGAGCAAGACUCCGCUGAGAACGUGACUUCUUCUGGACAUGUUUUGAAACCGGACGCCAACACUAAUCUGAUGUGGCAAAGAACUCUGAUUCCGACCAUCCGGUCCAAGACGAGAGUAUUGAAUACAGGAGACAGUAUACAUCUCAUAUCCGCUGUUUUGGCCGUGGCGAGAACCUCUGACAAGAUUGCACAGUACGAUGCAUUGGAUCUGCAGAAGAUGUGGGAAGACGUACCGGUCAUUCGUGCUGGCAAGCUGAGCGCCAAGGGGGGUGGAGACGGUGGGGAAUACAUCAAUGUCCAAAUUCUCUCCUAG